AUGGACUUCGGUUCGAGACGCCGCGUGUCGCCGCCCGGCCUUAACCUCGGAUCGAGCUCGUCCCGCAGCAGCGGCCAGAAGGAAAGCACCAUCCAGAAACUGUCCGAUAUAUAUUUACCCAUUAUCUUCAACCCACUCUUACAUGAAUUACCCAGUUAUCAGACUUCAAUCAAAAAGCCUCCAGCUACACAGUCUCGAAGUAGACGGAGAAGUUUUGCCCGCUCCCAUUUAGAGUCCUUUGAGUCCAGAUUAAGUGAAUCAAAUCAACUGGAAAUAAGGCCCCUGCGAGACUAUCCAAUUAGCAUCCAAAAGAAGAAGCAAAUGAGAGCCUCUCGGGAUUCUCAAACAGCACGGAUAACAAAAUGGAACCGGUUCGUUUUUUAUUGGAAAAGGAAAGGGAGGCGGUUUGUGGAAUCAAGCAAAUUACUAGGAGUAAUGUUGCAAUUUUGGAAGCAAGACAUUCAUGAUAUAGAGGGCAAAUUUGGCACUGGAAUCCAGUCUUACUUCUCUUUUCUCCGAUUUUUAGUUUUGCUGAACUUUGUGAUUUUCCUUUUAAUGUUUUGUUUUGUCACGUUGCCGAUGUUUUUUAUAAAACAGAAAAAACACCAAGUGAACGUCGAGCCUUUGUCCUACAAUUCAGUUCCUGAAUGCACGCAGUAUGAAAAGUUUGACAAGGGACUUAUUGUCUUCUACUCUUACAUAAUUGAUCUUCUUACAGGGACAGGAUUCUUGGAGCAUACUUAUCUGUUUUAUGGAUAUUACAAAAUAGACCAUUCGCAGAUAAAGUAUUUAGGUUACAAUCUGCCACUUGCAUAUUUCUUGACAACAGGAGCAUACAUCUUGCUAAGCCUUGUGUGGAUAGUCAAAAGAGCUGUGGAAGGUUUUAAGCAGAGCAUCAUUAGUGCCGAAGAUCGAUUUCAGAGCUUUUGCAAUAAAAUCUUUGCAGGUUGGGAUUUUUGCAUCUCAGAUGAACAUGCAGCACAACUGAAACACAGCAGUCUACAGUAUGAGCUUCAAACUGAUUUGGAGGAAGAAAGGAUCAAACAGAAGAUUGCAGAGAGAACCAAGAAAGAGAAGAUGCACAUCUACUUUAUAAGGGCUGUUUUGAAUUUGAUAGUUGCUCUGGUAUUGAGUGUUUGUUUUUACUGCAUAUACAGAGCAACAAUCUACUCAGAAGCACGGGACGACAGACCACAUAAUUCAGAUACGUUUUUACAAGACCUCAUGCUUCAGUAUUUGCCCUCCAUUGUCAUUACUGCAGCAAAUCUUAUUACACCAGUUAUUUUUGAGCAUUUAAUCAGAUUUGAAGACUAUUCACCAGCGUUUGAAAUCAAAUUCAUACUCAUUAGGUCUGUGUUUGUACGACUGGCCAAUAUUAUUGUCCUCUUGUUGACCUUAUGGUCACAAAUCACAACAUGCGAUGGUAAUGUAUGUGAACCAUGUGGUUAUAACCACAAGCUCUACCAGUGCUGGGAAUCCCGAGUAGGACAAGAAAUGUAUAAAUUGAUGAUAUUUGACUUCAUUAUUAUUGCAUCUGUUACAUUGUUUGUGGAAUUUCCCAGAAAGUUGAUCGUAACGUAUUGCUCUUGUGCUCCUGCUAAGUGGUGGGGUCAGCAACAGUUUGCUAUUCCUCAAAAUGUGUUGGAAAUUGUAUAUGGUCAGACUAUCUGCUGGAUAGGAACAUUUUAUUCGCCAUUACUCCCUGGAGUAGCCACUGUGAAAUACAUCAUCAUAUUUUACAUCAAAAAGAUAACUUUGAUGCACAACUGCCGUCCAUCUACCAGACCUUUUCGGGCAUCAAGUUCCAACUUUUUCUUCUUGGGUGUAUUGCUGCUCGGCCUUCCAUUAGCCUGUGUGCCUAUCCUGUUCAGUGUUGCAGAAAUUGCCUCAUCUGAUUCGUGUGGGCCAUUUAUUACCUUCAACACUACAUGGCAAGUUGUACCAACAACUGUCCAAACUUUCCCAAAGGGUCUGCAGAAUAUUCUGUAUGGCUUGGGCUCUGAAGCUUUUGCUGUACCUUUCUUCAUGGUGGUUUGCCUCAUCCUUUUUUAUUUUAUUGCUUUGGCUGGAGCACACAAGCGCAUUGUUGAUCAGCUAAGAGUACAGCUGUCUAUGGAGGGUCGUGACAAACAGUUCCUAAUCAGAAAACUGACUGAGGUUCAGACGAAGAAUACUUUGCCAAGGAAAUAUGCCAAUUUUCCCUCAUCAAUUUCAUCUACAAUCAUACAACCAGAUUAAAAUGAAUUUUAUGCAUCACAGAGCAAUAACAUAAAGGCAAAUAGGAGGAUUUUGUGCAUUGGAACAUAUCUUUCCCAAGACAAUGAAUGCUUUUGUAUGGCCGGUCUUAGUUGAAAAUGCUUCUAGUCACUAUUUUUGUUACGAAACCUUCUUAAAUUUUACCUUAAGUUUUAAAUCAGUGCCUCAUUGAUGAUCUGCCGCCUUCAGACUUGCGAAACAUAUUGUAAUCUUUAAUGAUAGCGGUUUCAAGAAAACUACCGUCAUAUAAUUCCUUCAAAAAGCAAACCUUUCAAACCCUAAUGUCUAAAAAUAUUUAUCUAUGAAUAUCAAUAUAAUUAGUCAAUUCAAUAGCUGUUUCAUAUAGGGCUUUGCUGUGCCUUUAAGCGGCAUAAUGCCAGAAAAUGUGUCCAAGAACAACUGUAUACUCCUCGUCUAAUAACCGUUGGAGGAAAAUGUUUACAGUUCUUGAUAUACUUAUGUGGUUUAUGGCAUUUAAAAUUUAGCAAUUUUUGAAUCCACUCUAAACUUAGAAAUAUAUGUUUUGUUUUAGUUCUUAAAAGAACAUAUAAACAUGUAAACUGGCUUCAAAAUUAAGGCUGCAUUUAAGAAUUUGCCAAAUUCAGUGUACUCCAAAUGUUACAUUAUACAGAAUAAAUUUAGACCCAACUGGAAUUUUUCCCCAUAUACAGUAUUUUCCUACAAUAAUUAACUUUUGCUCUAACACUUUACAAAAAUACUAACUUUAAAAUAAAAAAUCUACUUUAUAAUGUAUAAUUGGCUCCCACUCCCUGCUCGGGUGCAAACCAUUGACUCGGUGCCUUUGGACAUCCUUCCAACAUGAAAGUUGUUUAUAUCAAUGGAAAUUUGUGGUGCCUUUGUUUUGUCAGCUGCUAAAAAUGUAAGUUUAUAAUCCAGUCCUUUGCUAUGAGUGUGAUUCCUGAAAAACAAAAUAUUGUAGUACUUACAUAUAGAUAUGCAGAUUUCCCAAACUUCAGAUCUUUGGUGUCAUCUCUAUACUUCAUUAUCGUAGUUGGUUUAUUUUGUACAGGAGUUUCCACAUUUCUGAUUUAUUCAAUGUCAUACAAGUUUUCAGCAUUACUUUCUUUAUUUUUACUCUAUUACAUAACGUAUUAUUAUAUGCAUUUAUUACUUCUACAUUCCUCAGGAACACUAUGAAAUAUUCAGUGGGAGUGUUUGUGAAUGGGAAAAUGUCAUUCUUGUAACUUUCAGGGAUAAUGGCUCAUCAGUUUACAUUGUGCUACCAUUUCUAAAGACUUUUUAUCCAACUGCAACUUACAAGUAUUUUCUUGGGGCUUUAUGAUAUGGAUCAUCAAUUUUAGACUGUUGGGAGUCUUUUUAACAGUGUACUUUUGUGUAACAAAAUGCUUUCAUAAAAAGUUUUGAGUUAUAUACUUUUUCUGUAAAAUACAAAAUCCAACUAACUUUCUCCUUUUGGAUUAAAAAUGAGUUCAAACAC